AUGGCGGUCUCCGACGGCGUCGUCAAGAAAAUCAUCCUCUCCUACACCUAUGUAGCCAUAUGGAUCUUCCUCAGCUUCACCGUCAUCGUCUACAACAAGUACAUACUGGAUCGGAAGAUGUACGACUGGCCGUACCCGAUCUCGCUCACCAUGAUCCACAUGGCCUUCUGCUCCUCCCUCGCCUACCUUCUUGUUCGCGUCUUCAAGCUCGUCGAACCCGUUUCAAUGUCUCGGGAUCUGUACUUCAAAUCCGUUGUUCCAAUCGGUGCACUCUAUUCACUUUCCCUCUGGUUUUCCAAUUCCGCGUAUAUAUACCUAUCUGUUUCGUUCAUUCAGAUGCUCAAGGCGCUUAUGCCUGUCGCGGUUUAUUCCAUUGGGGUCUUGUUCAAGAAAGAGGCCUUCAAGAACGAGACCAUGGCCAACAUGGUUUCUAUUUCGCUUGGGGUCGCAAUUGCUGCUUACGGUGAAGCCAAAUUCGAUACCUGGGGUGUCACGCUGCAGCUUCUGGCAGUGGCAUUUGAGGCCACUAGGUUGGUUCUGAUUCAGAUUUUGCUUAAUUCCAAGGGAAUCUCGUUGAACCCUAUUACCUCGCUUUACUAUAUUGCUCCCUGUUGUUUGGUGUUCUUGUCCGUGCCGUGGAUUAUCAUGGAGUACCCUUCCUUGAGGGACAACUCCAGCUUCCAUUUGGAUUUCGCGAUUUUCGGGACCAAUUCCGCUUGCGCUUUUGCGUUGAACCUUGCUGUUUUCUUGCUAGUGGGGAAGACCUCGGCUUUAACUAUGAAUGUUGCUGGGGUGGUCAAGGAUUGGCUCUUGAUUGCGUUCUCUUGGUCUGUUAUAAAGGACACUGUGACCUCAAUUAAUUUGAUUGGUUACGGUUUGGCGUUUUUGGGGGUUGCGUACUAUAAUCACUGCAAGUUGCAGGCCCUGAAGGCUUCGGAGGCACAGAAGAAGGCUCAGCAGGCUGAUGAAGAGGCUGGGAGGCUGUUGGAACAGAAAGACGGGGAAGGAAUUGGAAGGAAGAACGACAACCAGAACUGA